GGGUGAGAGCCAGCUGUGGUGAGGAAGUUAUUUAAACACCAGCUUUCUUGUUUGGUCCUGGUCCUUUGGAGGAACUGCCCCAGGGACGCACAGAGCCAACCUGCCUAGGGCACUUCAGAGGAAACACUACAGCUCCCAGGGACCUGCUGCAGUGAGAAUGUCCUUUGGAGGCAGGAGAGCCGUUCCCCCUAACAACUCUAAUGCAGAAGAGAAUGACCUCCCCACCACGGAGCUGCAGGGCUUGGUGCCCAGGGGAUUCAACCCACAAGAUUACCUUAACGUCACAACAGUUCACCUGUUUAAGGAGAGCUGGGACAGCAAUAAAGUCAACCAUCACACCGACAGGUAUGACAGCAACAAACUGAUUGUGCGGAGAGGACAAUCUUUCUACAUCCAGAUCGACUUCAACCGCCCAUACCAGCCCAAUAGAGACUUCUUCCGAGUGGAAUAUGCCAUUGGUCGCUACCCCAUGGAGAACAAGGGGACCUACAUCCCCGUCCCUGUUGUCUCAGAGCUGCCACGUGGCAAGUGGGGCGCCAAAGUCAUCAUGAAUGAAGGCCGUUCUGUCCAGCUGUCCAUUCAGUCUUCUCCCGAGUGCAUUGUGGGGAAAUUCCGCAUGUAUGUGGCCAUCUGGACCCCCUAUGGCGUCAUCCGCACCAGGCGAGACCAAGAAACAGAUACCUACAUUCUCUUCAAUCCUUGGUGUGAAGAGGAUGCUGUAUACCUGGACGAUGAGAAGGAAAGAGAAGAAUACGUCCUGAAUGACAUCGGGGUUAUUUUUUACGGGGACGUCAGUGACAUCAAGAGUAGAAGCUGGAGCUACGGUCAGUUUGAGGAUGGCAUUCUCGACGCUUGUCUGUAUGUGAUGGACAAGGCCCAGAUGGACCUUUCGGGCAGAGGGAACCCCAUCAAAGUCAGCCGUGUGGGGUCUGCAAUGAUUAAUGCCAAAGAUGAUGAAGGCGUCCUUGUUGGAUCCUGGGACAAUAUCUAUGCCUAUGGCGUCCCCCCAUCAGCAUGGACUGGAAGUGUUGACAUUCUGUUGGAAUACAGGAGUUCUGAGAACCCAGUUCGAUAUGGUCAGUGCUGGGUUUUUGCUGGUGUCUUUAACACAUUUUUGCGAUGCCUUGGCAUACCAGCAAGAGUGAUUACCAAUUACUUCUCAGCUCAUGAUAAUAAUGCCAAUUUGCAAAUGGACAUCUUCCUGGAAGAAGAUGGGAACGUGAAUUCUAAGCUCACCAAGGACUCGGUGUGGAACUAUCACUGCUGGAAUGAGGCCUGGAUGACAAGACCAGAUCUCCCUGUUGGAUUUGGAGGCUGGCAGGCUGUGGACAGCACCCCACAGGAAAACAGUGACGGGAUGUACCGAUGUGGCCCAGCUUCUGUCCAAGCCAUUAAACACGGACAUGUUUGCUUCCAGUUCGAUGCACCUUUUGUCUUUGCAGAGGUCAACAGUGAUCUUAUUUACAUUACAGCUAAGAAAGAUGGCACCCAUGUGGUUGAAGCUGUCGAUACCACCCACAUUGGGAAAUUAAUUGUGACCAAACAAAUUGGAGGAGAUGGUAUGAUGGAUAUUACUGAUACCUACAAAUUCCAGGAAGGUCAAGAAGAAGAGAGACUGGCCCUAGAAACUGCCCUAAUGUACGGGGCUAAGAAACCCCUCAACACAGAAGGUAUAGUUAAGCCCAGGUCCGAUGUCGAUAUGGACUUUGUCGUGGAAAAUGCCAUUCUGGGAAAGGAUUUCCAGGUCACCAUCACCUUCCAAAAUAAUAGCUCCAACCAUUAUACUAUCACGGCCUAUCUCUCAGGCAACAUCACCUUCUACACUGGAGUCUCCAAGGAAGAAUUCAAAAAGGAGACCUUUGACGUCACAUUGGAGCCUUUGGCCUUCAAGAGAGAGGUUGUGCUGAUCAGAGCCGGCGAAUACAUGGGCCAGUUGCUGGAGCAGGCGUCCCUGCAUUUCUUUGUCACAGCUCGUGUCAACGAGACCAAAGAUGUUCUGGCUAAACAGAAAUCCACCGUGCUGACCAUCCCCAGGAUUGUCAUCAAGGUCCGAGGCUCUAAGGUGGUUGGUUCCGAUAUGGUGGUGACAGUUGAGUUCACCAAUCCUUUAACAGAGCCCCUGGAAAAUGUUUGGAUCCGCCUAGAGGGUCCCGGAGUGAUUAAGCCAAUGAGGAAGAUGUUUAGUGAGAUUCAGCCCAAAUCCACUGUGCAGUGGGAAGAAGUGUUUCGGCCCUGGGUCCCUGGACAUCGGAAGCUAAUAGCCAGCAUGACCAGCGAUUCCCUUAGACACGUGUACGGCGAGCUGGACUUGCAGAUCCAGAGACGGCCUUCAGUUUGAAUGGACAGUGGCUGGGCAGACACGGGCUCCUGGCCUCUGGUAGCCUGAGCUAAAGCGGUUCUAAUGCAAAACUAGUUCUUGCUUCCACUUAGGUGUUAAAACCCCUGUACCUAGCACAGGCCACGAACUGAGAGCAUGGAUGAAGUGUAUUUUAAAGACAGAAAUUUCCCCAACCCAACCUACUCAGUGUGGAAGUUAGCCUGUAAUUCUUCCACCUUCCAAAGGGUUCUGAGCUUUAGCUUUAAUUAAGCUCUAAUUAAGCUCCCACAGCUCACAAGAGCAAAAGUCAUCAUUUAUCUUCACAAAUGUCUGUAGCUCCAAAUAUCAGAGGACUUCCCAAGUAGAGGGGGAUGCUUGACAUUAAGCCUUUUCUAAAAUGCGACUUGUGGUUUCCCAUGCAACCCUUUGGAGUGGACAGAAUUCUCAACAUUGAGAGAAGCCAACAUCUGAUUUGGGCUCUAGAAUUUCAUUUCCCUUUCCUGGAACCAUGUUCUGCCCACUGUGUCAGAAUUUUUUCCCCCCUCAGGCAUUGAGCACAACCUCAUUUUUCUUCCUGGCAAAGCCAUAGAAAGGUCUUUCAUUUACACCUGCAGCAAAGUGACUGCCUGCCAGGUUUCACAGAUUUACCUCAUGCGACGAUGUGGCCCCGUAUUAACAAAUUGCAUUUAUGGGAAACUAAAUCACCUAAAUAUGAAGAGAGUAGGGGCCAUACUCUGAUCUAUCUAAUACUGUAACUUUGUGGUGCAUUCUGUAGGAUGGAUGUGGCCUGACAAGCAUGAGUUAAUAGCCUUUCUGAGCAGCUGUCCUAGAGAAGUACAGGGCUGACUUUGGAGAGAAGAAAUGAGGAAACUAGUCUCCUUACCUAGUGUUUGUAAUUCUCCUGUCACCUCCUUCACACAAUGACACAGCUCCAGACACAUAUCUACAAAUCAAAUAAACCCAGUAAGUUGGAGAGAUAGACAAUACUUAGUGAUCAGCCAUGUGGAAAGAUGGCCAGUCAUUUAAUCUCUCUUGUCUUUCCUCUUUCUCAAAACACGGAUUCAACACCGAGGUGCAGAAGAGAUUAUAGACUUAGCCUUGCAAAUGGGUAGUGUUCCUACAGAUUCAAUAAUAGGGUUCUCAAACAGUAUUCAUACUGUGUCCCAGGUUCUAGCAAGCGGAUCUCCAUGAGCUCUAUUUGUAAGGCUAAUUCAUGGUCAGAAUUUCAAAAUGUUUUGCUUAAGAUGAAUUCUACAUCAGUGGACUAUGAUUCUCUGUGGGGAAGAAUGAAAAAACAAGGGGGCGGGGAGGAGAGAAGGGGAAGCCAGAUGGAAUUCUCUGUUCUCUAGAACAUGCAUAAAACUUUGAGAUGCCCUGAAGCCAUCCACACCAAGAAUCCAAGAGGAUUAUCUGGCUCUUCCGUAGAUACUCCAUGCCUAACUCUAGUAAACAACUUCCCAGCAUUUGCCAAGACUUCGAAUAUCAUUUUUUUUAAAUGAAAUGCAUUUUGCUAAACUGUUAAACUGGCUUAGCAGAGUCUGUUCCUAAUAACUAGAAUGUAAUCAAGGCUUUAAAUAAAACUAAUGUGAUUGUAUUUGCAUCUACACAAAA